AUGUCGACCCCUGCAGGUCAGGCGUGCAGCGUGGACGGCGACUGCGACAACCUGGCCAACACGUUUUGCAAGGGCCUGGAGUGUAUCUGCCUUCCCAAGUUCAGCCGCUCCUACCCGCCCUGCAACGAGGGGAUCGAGUUGGGCGAGAGCUGCUCGCGGCACGAGAACUGCGAGGUGAACGACCACAACUCGUACUGCCACCACUCCAUCUGCCGCUGCAAGCCCUCCUACCACAGAGUGCUGAUGCCGGAGGACAACGCCACGCACUGCUUGAGAGGUUUCGAGCCCAAGGAGUCGUGCUACAACGCCGAGGACUGCAGCGGCUCCAACUACACGUGCAGCGACGGGCUCUGCAGGUGCAGGGACGGUUUCUACAAGGACGACGAAUCCGAAGACUGCAGGCCCAGAAAGGCGCUGGACGAGGCUUGCACACGAGACUCCGACUGCGAGAACAUGGUCAACAACUCGUUCUGCGGCGGCGAGCGCUGCCAGUGCAAGAGUGGCUACAUCCGGGAAUCGUCCGAAACGGGCACCGAGGAGCUCUGCGAAAUAGACAGAGGAGGUCGAGGAGCGCUGAAGAUCCUAUUCGCGCUCAUGCUUCCAGUGGUGGUGAGCGCAUUUGUCUACUUGUACAGAAACCGCAAAGUGGGUCAGGCUGCAAAGGACUCUGCCGAUGACGACCAACCCCGCUCCCCAGCUCCAGACGGCACAUAUUCGAGCGAGGCCAACGCCAAGUCGCCGUCGAUGAGCACUCCCAUGUCGCCCAUCUCCGCGGACCUGUUCGGGAGCCCCUCGGACAACGGGGCCAUCGCCCUCGAGAACUGGAACCGCCCGCACCGGCCAGGCUCCAUCAGCUUCGUGUGA